AUGCUAAAGCAGCAGGGUACAAUAAAGAAAGUUAAGCUGAUUAGCGAAAAAAGAAGGAGCGAAAUAUGGGGAAAAUUUUUGACGCAACAAGGAGAAUAUACGGAGUGGUAUUGUAUCACCCGAAAAAACUGUAUAUUGAUACGCCAGAUUUAUUAUAAGUCACCGAUAUUAUAUUCCUGUGGAUUUCGCAGUGGCUGUAUUAUUGUCGAUGCUUGCAGUCUGCCAUUUCGGGAUGGAAGCGCAGGUGUGGUAGUGGCAGUGAACGAUGAACAAAAUGAAGAAUAUUUUCUGGCAUAUUAUAGCGUCAAAAUGGGUAGAGUUGUCAAGAAAAUACUGAUGCGCAGAAAGAUAACUAAAGUUGUGACGGUUUUGGAUGCAACAAAGAGGAAUAGAAUUGAAUUAUUGCAUGAAAAUUUAAAGGAUUUUUCACAUUUGAUCGCAGUUGGCGCCUAUGGUGGGGAUUGUUUUUUGGUACACUUCGGAAUCGAUUUACCUAAUUCGUCUGAUGUAGAAUUGCAAAAGCCAGAGUUUUGUAGCAAUUUAUGCAAACCUUUUAUUUCUGAUGGAAGAUUUAAUUUCGUGGCCAGUAACGGUGCAACAUAUCCUGUUAGUGUUGAUGAAAUACACGUUACAGCAAUAACUUACUUGGAACGAUGCAAAACAGUUGUGAUUGGUUUUUCUUGUGGUGCUUUCAUCACCGUCAAUCUUCUCAAUGGCAAUGAUGCAUCAUAUUAUUAUUCGUCUUCUCCAGUUUACAAUUUUUCAUGCCAAGAACCAAUGGAUGAUCCGCGUCCUGUAUUAUAUCUCUGGGUUGCUUAUUCUAAAGGAAUACAAAAAAAUCCACAUGUGAUAUUGUUUUUAAUCAAUUUUCCAAAUGAUGAAGGGCAUCCUCCUAAUGAGUGGACUUUCAAUGAUUUGAUGAUUAUAAGUUACCUGACGUGGUAUCCUGAGAACUGUACUGAAUGGCUUUCUUUCCGAACUAUUGUAUCAUCUUUUAAAGAACAUACUGCAAGGAACGGCAUUUCGGAACGAUUAUUGAAUACCGAGGAAUCAUUUCUACGUGUAAAUGUGACUGAUACUUCACGUAUGCUAAUGAUUUGGAAAACUACUGAAAACAUUGUUAAGGGUACACUUUUCGAUCUGAACGCCUUUUAUUACAAGCGCUUGCCUCGGCAAAUCACAUUUACAGAAUCAUUUUUGAAGCUUAACCCUUUUCUGUCUUUGUUUACAUUACCGAUUACCAGUGAGCAGGUGGACUGUCUUGAUUAUUUGGUAAAUUAUUCUGGUGUCUGGCAGCACCAAAGUCCAUACAGUGAAACAAACGAUUUUUUCAUAUUCGCGCCAUCAUAUUCAUUCGAAAUUGUCACAUUCAACGGGAACCGCGAAUUUACGAUAUUUGUACCGUCUAUACAGAAAGUUGUAUUGAAAUGGCUGGAUGAAAAUUUCGAUGAUGCAAUUGGGCAGAAGUCUGAUCUUGCAUGCGCAUAUUUGAAUGCAGUUGGUCUUGCAAAAACACCUGAUAUUUCUGAAAGCAGUGAAACAUCAACAGUGCCACUAGAAAAUGAAUCUAUAAUCAUCUCAUCACUGCUGUUUAAUGGCGAAAUCAAUGAUACACUUAAAAAACACAUUGUCACAUGUUCAAGCUACGAUACAAUCCAUCAAAUCGCUUCACUUAUAUGGAAAGAAGUCGUUAAUGCAAAACAAAAAUUCGAUGAACUUUGGGAAAAUGCACCACGUCACAACUAUUAUCUUUCAUGGACAUUUUAUUCAAAUUUAAUCAUAAAAUUGCAUAGACGGCAUCAAGCCGCAAAAUUUCAGUUCAGAGACAUUGAGGAAGAAAUAGCAGAGCCAUGGUUUGAUCAUAUUCCAAGAACAUUAUCAACUGCAGACAUGUACUGGUUGCGAAACAGCGCAGCAGUUUUUCAUUAUGCUGCUGAACUAUUUGCUGAAAUUUCGAGAAGAGUGCCAUCAGAAGCAACUGCUUCAAACUAUAGUAUGAUGGCAUCCAGAAAUUUGGUUUUUUAUGCAAAUGUCGUGUUCCUUUUUCAUCAUGGUGGAUUGCUUCCAGUAAAAAAUUACACUGCUUUUAAUGCUCGUAUGAAAGCAAAAGUGAAUGAGCGUAAAAAACGUUUACCCCCGGGCAGUAAGCUAUAUAUAAUAAAUUUGCUGGAAGAAAUGCAAAGUGCUUGUCCUAACGAAAUUUUUUGGUGUAAUCUAACUGCCGAUGAAUGGUAUCCACCGAAUUCAAUUGGUGUUUUGCUUUCGGCUACACUUGCGAUAAAGAUCACUGAAACAUCAAAACACAAGUUGAUUGGAUAUUUUUUGCUUGAUUAUGAUGAUCUUAUGGGGAAGGAGUCAAAAGUCUUUGAUCGUUUUAAAUGGCGCUUUCCAUAUCAAUCGAUAUGUAAUCAGAUAGAAUCAAAUUGGAAAAAUGACUGUGGAUUAGAGGAACCGCCUACCAAAUGUGAAAAAAUCACGAUUACUGAUGCAAAAGCGGAAGAGCACGUUUGUGAAGUUCAACAACUUAUGAAACGUUUGAUUCUAGACAGAAAAGAAAUUGAAUUUAUAAAAGAGAACUUAUUGAAGAGGCCUAAUGGGAUUCGUGAAUGGAAUCGUUUUUGCUUAAGACGUAAAAUGUUCAGUCGUCUCUUGCCGGCAAAUCGUUGUGAUCGAUGGACAUCAAAGAUUUUGGAAGAUUUUCCACUAAUUCAAACAAAUUAUCCAUAUUCAGGUGUUGCUCUUCCCACAAUACAAAAUUCAGAUGAUGGCGAAAAGAUGAUAAACGAUACACUAUCUAGGCAGUGUGCAGCUGCCCAUCCAUAUUUAUCACCAGCUAUAAGACCAUGCAAUAAAUGUCAAAUGCUGGAGACACCACAACAACUGCAUGAUGUUGUCCGUGAAUCAGUUGAGUUAGAAAUAACUCCAAAAACAUUUAACUAUCCUACAAGUCCCGUGUUUGACAGACGUGUUUCGAAUUACGAGAGAAUUUUGUCUAAAGAAGAUCUUGAAAAUGUUCAACGUUUAUUACAAACACCCACACCACGACGUCGUUAUGCAUUUGGGGCACAAACAGAAGAUUCAUUUGCAUCGUUGACGGGUGAUCAGUUCUCUCCAGUUCUGUUACCGGCCUCUAUUUUGAAAACCCGAAAAGGGCGUCAGCAUACGAAUACAUCCGCUGAUGCAACGGAGUCACAGUUCAAAAGUCUUCGCUUUGAUCUUUCAAACUCAUUCAUGUCUAAUUGUGAGAGCAUUUCAUCAAAUACUAAUCAAAUGGAAGAACAAAAAUGUGAAAAUCAUCCCCUCGAAACGAAAUGUGUCGAUGAUUUGGAUGCACCGGAUGCGGAACUUAUGGACAUGAACAAAAAGAUUUUCUUGGACAAACACUUGGAGGUGCAGGAUAAGCUGAAAAUUUUGAUAGCUGAAGGAGAAAAAAGUGAAUCUACUGAUGCUGCAAAUCACGGAAAUUUACACAAGUUAUCAAUUGAAGAGCAGAGUGAUUCGGAUAUUAUAGAAAAUCAAGAAAGACAAGAUGAAGCACAUGAGAGAGUAUUAGGACAUUACUCCGAAAAGCGAGAGGAAAUAAAAAGUCAUGAUAAAAAUGAACCUUCGAUUAUGAAAAAUCAUAAUUUCUUAAUUCAGGAAAUUUGUACAGCUCCAGUGAUAGUGAGUUACGAAGAACAGGAGGAUCCAAACAUUCCAUUGGACGGAGGAGCUCAGGACAUCAUUUCGGAUGUGCACACAGAAAAAAAACGAAAUAUACAAGAUGCUGGUGGUCUUGAAAGUAUUUCAGCAUCAGCUACAAAAAUCUCCAGACAUGCUACUACUAUUGAAGUUAAAAUCUCUCCAAGACCACCGAAAAUGCGAUCAAGUUCUUUAAUUGAUGAAGUGGCAGCCGGAAUGGAAGGUGACAUUGCAUCAAUUGUUAAUGAACCGUUGCAGAAAAAAAUUUCAUAUGAACAAGAGGAUGAAAAUGACCCAACAUCUGUGGAAAUCGAAAAAGCAGUAGUUCAUCACUCUGAAAUGAAACCAACGAAUACAUGCAAAGGAUCAGGCAAGAAAACGCACUCAUUGGUUCCAGUAACACAGGAAAUAAUAUCGAAACAAGUUUUAUCUAUAGCUAAAGAAACCGAAAUGGAGCUUCCUGAACCAGUAAGUCCUUUUCUGGGGAAGCGCAAACCCAAACAAGAAGAUACUGCUAGUAAAGGACAAACAAUUCGAAUCUUUUCUAGCGAUUCAUUUCAAUCGUCAAGUUCUGGUAUGCUUACAAAAGCUUUACUAUUUAUCAUUGCUUGUAAUCGUCAAAACUAUAGUGAAAUAUCCACUUCAUCACAUCGAAUGCUUACUCGUUCUGCAGCUAGAGCAACUAAAUUGGUAUUACUGUCGCCGGAGUUUAAGAUGACAUCAAGAAAACGCUUAGAAAAUGGGACAAGUCCACCGCAUAGCCGAGAAACAACACCAAAAUGUUCGACUCGAGCCAUAGCUUCUGCCAAAAGUUCACGGAAAACUCAAAAAACAGGACGAAAACGUCAAGGGAGUGGAACAAGCUCAUCGCAUAGUCGAGAAACGACGCCGAGACGUUCAACUCGAGCUGUAGUUUCUGCCAAAAGUUCACCGAAAACUGAUGAAACAAGACGAAAACGUCGAGGAAGUGGAACAAGCUCAUCGCACAGUCGAGAAACGACACCGAGACGUUCAACUCGGGCUGUAGCUUCUGCCAAAGGUUCACCGAGAACUGAUAAAAUAAGACGAAAACGUCGAGGAAGUGGAACAAGCUCAUCGUAUAGCCGAGAAACAACACCGAGACAUUCUACUCGAGCUGUAACUUCUGCUAAAAAUUCACCGAAAACUGAGAAAAUACGACGAAAACGUCCAGAAAGUAGAACAGGUUCACCACAUAGUCGAGAAACGACACCGAAACGUUCAUUUCAAGCUACUACUUCGGCUAAAAGUUUACGUAAUGCUGGGGAAAUACGAAGACAACAUUUGGAAAGUGAAACAAGCUUAACUUAUAGCCGCGAAGCAACACCAGAGCGAUCAAUUCGACUUACAUCAGUCAAAAGCUCUCCAGUAAGAAAAUCGCUUCGGCACAGCCGAGCACAAUCAGAACACAUUGAAGUUGAAGAGACUCUUCCAGUUGCAAUCCCAAAAGUUUCACCAAAUCGACGAAGACGAGCUGCAUCAGAAGUGUCCCAAUUAAACGAGACUUCGACUGCGUCUCAUCCUAUGCUAACUCGUUCAGCUAGAAAAGCAAAAAGUGAAAGUGGAUCACCUCCCAAACAGCGAAUUUUGUCAGGAUUUGAACCAACUUUGGCGAAAAUAGAUGAACUACCAAAGAGAAAUCGCUUACGUGUUGGACGAAAGACUACUGCGCAGGUUCUAGAAGAAAAAAAUAGAAGGAAUUUAGAUACUGUUUAA